ACUGAAACGAAAAAAGCAUCAGUCAGCCAUUGAAGAGAAAGCUUUCUAUUCAAUCCUUCUCCCUCUAAAAACAAUGAAUCCGCCAAAUUUCUUCAAAACCUUAUUCCCUCUCAUCCUCCUAGUUUCAAUCGCCACCGCCAUUGCCGCCGUUCCCGACUCAGCGUUUCCCCCGGACGCAGUCGCCAUUUUAUCGUUCAAAUCCAACGCCGAUUUAGACAGUAAACUUAUCUACACGCUUAACGAGCGAUUUGACUACUGUCAAUGGCAGGGCGUUAAAUGCGUCCAAGGCCGAGUUGUUCGUUUCGUCCUUCAAGGCUUUGGCCUUCGCGGCGGUUUUUCUUCCAACACAUUGACUCGUCUCGAUCAGCUCCGAGUCCUCAGCCUCAAGAACAACUCGCUCGCCGGACCGAUUCCAGACCUUUCCCCACUCGUCAACCUUAAAUCACUCUUCCUCGACCACAACUCGUUUUCCGGUACAUUUCCGGUCUCGUUUCUAUAUCUCCAUCGUCUUCUUAUCCUCGAUCUAUCUAGAAACAACAUCUCCGGUUCGAUUCCGGUUGGGAUUAUUGGUCUCGACAGACUCAACUAUCUCCGACUUGAUAGAAACUACUUAAACGGCAGCAUUCCGCCGCUAAACCAAUCGUCUCUCAGGAUCUUCAAUGUUUCCGGCAAUAACUUAACCGGUCCUAUUCCCGUUACGCCUACUCUUUCACACUUCAGUGUUUCUUCAUUCUCCUUGAACCCUAACCUCUGCGGCGAGGUUAUAAAUAAACAAUGUCCCUCCGCUUCUCCAUUUUUCAACUCAUCAUCCUCCACUACCGGAUACGCCCCGCCGGCGCCUCCGUUUCAACAGAUUACACAGUCUCAAGGAAUGGAGAACUCUCCAUCUUCUUCCUCGCAGAAGAAGCACAAGAGAUUUGCCGGGUUAAUUUUAGGUUUUGUAGUUGGAACUCUAAUCCUAGUUGCAGUCAUUCUAAGCCUUGUCACAUUGUUCAGCAAGUAUUGGAAACCGAAACACAACACAAUCUCAAAAUCCAGGGUUGAUUCUGAGUCCGAAGUUGCUGAUGUAAAUGUAUCAGGAGGUGGUGCAGUUGUGGUGAGUGAGGUUCGGACUCGGAGUCAUGAAUUGGAAAUGAAAGAGAAGAAAUUGCAAAAUACUGACAUGCAGCGGCUGCAUAAAAGUGGUAAUCUGGUGUUCUGUGCAGGGGACUCGCCAAUGUACUCGCUUGAGCAGCUAAUGAAAGCAUCUGCUGAGUUGCUUGGAAGGGGUACACUUGGGACUACCUACAAGGCAUUGAUGAACAAUCAACUUGUGGUUACGGUAAAGCGGCUGGAUGCUGGAAAGACUGCAAUCACAAGCAGUGAGGCUUAUGAGAGACAUAUGGAGAAAGUGGGUCAAUUAAGACACCCAAAUUUGGUUCCAAUGAGAGCUUUCUUUCAAGCAAAAGAAGAAAGGCUCGUUAUUUAUGACUACCAGCCUAAUGGAAGCCUGUUCAAUCUCAUUCACGGAUCAAGAUCAACAAGGGCAAAACCUCUUCAUUGGACAUCAUGCUUAAAGAUUGCAGAAGAUGUGGCACACGGUCUAGCCUACAUCCACCAAUCAUCAAACUUAAUCCACGGCAACAUAAAAUCAUCAAACAUUCUCCUCGGUUCAGAAUUCGAAGCCUGCACAACCGAUUAUUCCCUCUCAAUCCUCACAGAUUCCUCUUUUAACACUCCCUCCGACCCCGACACUGAAAGCUACAAGGCCCCGGAGGCUAGAAAAUCAGGCCGCCUGCUAACUCAUAAAUCAGACGUUUACGCGUUUGGGAUUCUAUUAUUAGAGCUUCUAACAGGUAGACCUCCAUCACAACAUCCGUUCAUCGAACCAGCAGAUCUUCGGGGUUGGGUGAGAGCAAUGAGAGAUGAUUACGAAGUUGGGGAGAAUGAUAAUAAUAAUAAUAAGAGGCUGGAAAUGCUGGUGGAUGUUGCAAGCAUUUGUAGCUUAACAUCAGCAGAACAUAGACCAUUAAUGUGGCAGGUUUUGAAGAUGAUACAAGAUAUUAAAGAUAGAGCUAUGAGGGAAAAAGAAGAAGAUGAUGAUGAUGAUGAUCACCUGGGGACUAUAAGCAGUAGCAGUGGAUGAUUUUGUUUAUGAAUUUUUGAUAAUUACUUAACAACAACAACAAUGGAUGCAUGCAAGAUAAUUAAAGAAGAUGUUGGAAAUGAACAACAUCAGAACAGUCCUUUAGUAUGUUUAUUGUGGAAGCAACAGCAAUUCAGUUCAUCUAGGUUUAGAUUUGGGACUGACAGACCGACCGACCGUAUGUUCUAUAUCAUAUUGUAUGUUAUCUAGACCAUAGCUGUUGUAAUGGUGGUGUUAUUUUAUUAAAAAAAUGUACCAAAUUAUAUUCAAAGUUUCAGCAGCGCCCACGAUAUUUUAAUGGAUUGAUUGAUUCUGGCACCA